AUCCCCAGAAACCUCAAUGAUGAUUAAUGUUUAACUCACGAGAGGGCCGUAUAAAAGAGCUUCCUUCCUUUCGGUUUGAAACAAGAGUCCUUCGGUGGGGCUCGGAGAACAUGGGAAGUUGCUUCUUCCGUCUAGUUUAAAGGAAGGGAGAAGCAAGGGGCCAACAACCAGAAUCCACAGCAGAGCACAACCGAGCCCCAACCCACCAUGGGAGCCUGCCUUAGUCCCUCCGAUGAUGACGAAUCGGAGUGUUUUCUCGAAGCUUCCUACAGUCCGCUGUUCUUCCAUCCUUACAUCAAAGGAUCCCAGGUUAUCCUGGACGAAUCUUGCUGUACAGUAAGUAGAGUAGACACGUUCCACGAUGGUAUCGUCUUCUCCAACCGGCCCGUAGAGCUUUAUGAGAAAGUGACGUUGAAAAUCUUACAAGAAGACCAGAAGUGGCAAGGGGGUCUACGGGUGGGCUUCACCUGGAAAAACCCCUGCCUUCAGUCCGGCGACCUGCCUCCGUUUCUGUGCCCAAACCUGGUCGCCCAAGGGAAGACCCGUGCGUGUGUGUUACCAGAUGAAUAUAUCGAAGAAGAGACCAUUAUCAGCUUCUGGGUGGACAGCUGGGGCUGCGUUUUCUGCAGCACCAACCUUGAGGCCGAAGGCUCCUUCCUCUUCAGCGUCUCAGUUAAAUCUCCUCUUUGGGCCGUUGUGGACGUCUACGGAAGAACCAAAGCGGUCCAACUUCUCGAUCCCGCCUGCUUGGAGUUCCAGGAAAGAGCUGAAGAAAACACUGUGGAAGAUUGCAUGGUCUGUUUUGCGUCCCAGGCCAGUACCAUGAUGUUCCCUUGCCAUCACACCGGCUUCUGCUCCAGAUGCUCCUUGAAGAUUUUCAGAACCAGCGGCCGCUGCCCUCUCUGUCGGGAGGCGGUGAAGAAAAUCCUCUGUGUCUCUGUUUUGGCGGAGAACGACGGCCUGCCAAGCUGGUCGGGGAAAUCAAAGCAGAUCUGUUCCCUGCGGUGACAAAACUCCUGAAAUAGGUCCGUCCUCGUAGGAAAGGGCAGGGAAUUGGAAAGGCGAAGAAAGCCAUUUUUUUUAAAAAAAAAAAUUAUUUAUAUGCCGCCCUUCUCCAGAGACUCAGGGCGGUUUACAAUGCGUUAAGCAAUAGCCUUCAUCCUUUUGUAUAUUUAUACAAAGUCAGCUUAUUGCCCCCACAAACUGGGUCCUCAAUUUACCUACCUUAGAAAGGAUGGAAGGCUGAGUCGACCUUGAGCCUUGGCGAGAUUCGAACUUAAAGUAAUUGCAGACAGCUGAAUGUUAAUCACAAUGCUAUCAGUCUGCUGAGCCACCAGGCCCUUUGGGGGUGGGGAGACCAAAAUAAUAAUAAAAAUUAAGAAAAGCAGUGUUUGCUUAGAAGGGACAGAGGCGACGGACGGGGUUGCUAGUUGGAUGAAGGAGCUGAAUUGCUGGGACCGCUGUGGAGAUGGACAAGAGCCACAUGUUUGAAUAUGCUACACCUCUUCGUUCUUUAAAAAAAAAAACAGUUCUCACGCUUCCUCGCAAACUGGCACGAGGCCGACGGCUUUGAAAUUGAUUUCCAGGACUUUCCGGGCAGGGGAAUCACCAGCGCUGUCUGUUCUCAGAGCAACAAGAAUCAGGAAGGGCUUGUUUGAACAUUUCUAAGGCUACGCAAGCCGUCGAAAAAUGUGGUUAGCUAUGCUUUGCCAGGGAACUGGGCAAAAAAGACCAUUCACAGGUUAACCAAAACCUUUUGGGAAUCUGGUUAAGUCUGCUAGCCGCCUUCUGGCUUCCUUGUGGUCAUUGAUGUUGCCUGAGAAUGAGGGAAUUUUUAUCUUUGGGAGAAUGGAAUUUCGUUCAGCCCAACAGUUGCGGCCUUCGGGAGGAGGGGGAUAGGACCAGGCUUGUAAAUAAACAGCAUUGCAAGAACGGACAGUCGAAUUCCAAAUUUAAGGAGUCACCGGAGGGAGGGAAGAGACAUCAAGAGAGGAAUUCUCCUUCAGAGCAAAAAACAAAGCCGGGCGGGGGGGGGGGGAACUUUUAUUGUUUCUCCUGCUCGGUGGGAUGGGAACUCUCCCCCUCUUGCAGGAAACAUCUGGAGAUUUAGGUCUUCGAGACCCAAAAACAAAGGGAUGAUUUCCUGUGAUUUGUUGUUUCAAAAUCAAACCAUUUCAAAGUUGGCAGGGCCUGCAUGUUGGGUGAACCAUGGAGAGAGAAAGAAAGA